AUGGCCAACAUCAUCUGGCUCGCCCUCGUCCUCGUGGCGUUGAGCGUCCACGUCCAAGCCAAAGACGUCUUCGCGCAUUUCAUCCUUGCCAACGCCGAAAACUUCACCCAAGCGCAUUGGACACGCGACAUCACCGCCGCCAAAGAUGCUCAAAUCGACGCCUUCGCCUUAAACACCGGCUAUGGCGCCGCCAACACCGACCAGCUCCUAACAGACGCCCUCACCGUCGCAGCAAAACAUGACUUCAAGCUUUUCCUGUCCCUCGACUACUCCGGCGACGGUCAUUGGCCUCCCGACCAAGUCCUGAAAGUUUUGCAAAGCUACGCCAAUCAUACGGCUUACUACCGCGUCGACAACCAACAUCCAUUGGUCUCCACCUUCGAGGGUUACGAAUCCCUGUCUGAUUGGUCCACCAUCAAGAAAAAGGUACCCAAUAUCUAUUUCAUGCCUGAAUGGUCCGUCCGAACCCCCGAGCAACUAGCAAGCGAAGAUGUCGUGGACGGGUUACUCUCCUGGAGCGCAUGGCCAUACGGGACGACGCAGAUGAACACGUCCACAGACGAAGAGUACAUCUCUGCCCUGAAACCCAAAGGCAAGCCGUACAUUAUGCCUGUCAGCCCGUGGUUCUACACCGACAUGGUACGGUACCACAAGAACUGGGUAUGGCAGGGCGAUGGACUGUGGCAUACGCGGUGGAAGCAGGUUCUCGACUUACAGCCGCAAUAUGUGGAAAUCCUUACGUGGAACGACUUCGGCGAGUCGCAUUACAUCGGCCCGCUGCACGAGAACGAGCUAGGGAUAUUUUCGUUCGGGGAGGCGCCGUUUAACUACGCGACCGGGAUGGUGCAUGACGCGUGGCGGAUGUUUCUUCCGUACAUUGUGGGCGAAUACAAGAAUGGGAGUGGGAAGGGGGUGAUUGAGAAGGAAGGGGUGGUGGUUUGGUAUAGGGUUACGCCGGCGUGGGCAUGCAAGGCCGGCUUAACUACGGGUAAUUCGGUCACACAGGGCCAGCAGACCGUGCCGCCGGGGCAGGUCUUGAAGGAUGAAGUGUUUUUCCAGGCGUUGUUGGAGGAUACCGCGGAAGUGGAAGUGAGUAUUGGUGGUGGGGAGAAUAAGUCCGUGGACUGGUUGGAUACGCCGAGUGGUGGUGGUGGGAGAGGAUUGUAUUUUGGGAGUGUGCCGAUGGAUAAUCGCACGGGUGAGGUUGUGGUUACGUUGAGUAGGGAUGGGAAGUUCGUGGCGCAGAUGAUUGGAGAGAAGAUUACGACGCAGUGUCCGGAUAAGUUGACGAACUGGAAUGCGUGGGUUGGCACGGCGAUGUCGAAUGUGUCGAAUGCUAGUACUUCGCGUGCAUCGUUGUCGGAGAAUGGUGCGGCUGGUGUCAGGGUUGGAGGAGGACGUGGGAUGGCCAUGUGGAUGGGGGUGUUGUGGACGAUCUUGAUGGUGGGUAUGAGUGGAGUUUUGCUUUAG